AUGGCUGCAUUGAUGCAAUCGAACAACGAACCUGUCGCCAUCUCCAACCCUUUACCAGGGUCGUCCACAGCGGCCAUUCCCAGUCCCCCCGAUUCCAUCGCUUUUCUGAAACAAUCCAAACCCGAUUCGAACCUGUCCUCCAUCGCAAGCGCUGGACUGAACGUCUCUCGAUCUAGAGACUCGUUACCGCCGAUGACAGCAGUUCCGUCAGCGGCCAGUCCAAUGGAUCGGAUAUUAGAGCAUGAAAAGGAAUCGGAGCGAAAUAGCUCGCAAGUGGCAAGGGAGGCUUUAGGCGCCAGCGAAAAACAGCAGGGCACGCCGGGAAACGAUCCCAUGCCAAUAACCUCCGAUCAAAUGCAGGUCGAUUCGCAUACGUCCCCGAACAAUGCUCCUGAUGCAUUCGGGACUUCCGAGAAUAACGCGUCACUCAUGAACACGGCUACUGUUGCCAGCCCCGGUCCAAUAGACGACUCCGUUUCCCACGAUGGGGAACGUUCAGGCCAUCGCGAUGAAGUGGAAUUGUCACAAGAUACAAGUAACAAGGCCUUUUCCUACCCCAUGCCCACGACAGCCCUCGGUGAUCCCCGCCGCGGUCUUAGUUUGCCUGGUUCCGGGUUCCACAAAGGUGGUCAGCGCUCGCCGUCAACAAAAAAGCAUCGUUGCCCUUACUGUGCAACCGAAUUUACAAGACACCACAACCUCAAAAGCCACCUUCUCACUCAUAGCCAGGAGAAACCGUACGUCUGCCAGACAUGCCAGUCACGAUUCCGCAGACUUCAUGAUCUGAAACGGCACACGAAGCUCCAUACUGGCGAACGGCCGCAUCUUUGUCCGAAAUGUGGGCGUCGAUUUGCUCGGGGCGACGCUCUGGCCCGUCACAACAAGGGCCAAGGGGGCUGCGCCGGACGCCGGGCGAGCAUGGGCAGCUACGCUCCUGAAGACGAUUUUGGCGAUGCAACCGGCCACGGUGGUGCUGAGGAUACGAUGGACGGUCUCGUAUAUGCAGAGCCAGAGCGCAUGGAUGAGGAAGAUGAACGGCGGGUUAGCAUGCCCAGCAUCAAGAAGCACGACGUGCCUACCGAGUCAAUAGCUCGCUCCAACACCGCGACGAGCUAUCAAUCCCGACAGCCGAGCACAUAUCCCCCGAUCGCCGCAGGCCGACCCUCUCCUGGGGGCUUAUUCCCGCCUCCCACCAGUCACGGUGGCUCUAGCGCAUCAACGUCGCCCAUCUCUCAAUCGGGAAAUCUGACGUUUCCUCCUCCAGGCCAGUCCUCUGGGGCGUCGGUAUUUCAGUCGACAAACAUCACUGAAAGCCCGAAGCCGCUUUCGCCCAACGCCUUGCCUUCUCACCAAAUGGGACCGGGUCCUGAUGGAAUCCAGCUCCACCGCUCUCAUUCUCCUGGCCUGACUUCGUCAUUCCCGCAGCAACCGUACUCAAGGGCAGGGCCAUCUCAGACAUCCACCAACCAUGCUUCCGGAUUAGGCCUUCCCCCGCCGCAGCCCGGAGCACCUCAACUACCCCCUCCGCCCGGCAUGAGUUCAGAGACCCGCUUUCCGCUUCACGCCCAAGGAUCCGUCCCGCCACCAAGUGCCAAACAUCACUCAUCGCACAGUCAUUCUAGUAAUCACAGUGGGCCGCUGGCAUCGAAGCCAGGCCAAGAGUUGGUAACCAGCAACGGCAGUCAUCAUCCGGGGGCUCACGACUCGAGCUAUAAUGAGCAGGGCCGAGAUCGAGAAGAUUCACUUUGGGCGUACAUUCGUUCUGUCCACGAAGAAUUGGCCAGUCUCAAAACCGAGGUAGCCGCUUUGAGGGCGCAGAUUGCAUCCUCGAACGUCAACACGUUAACCGCUUCCGGUGCCAGCGUCGCCCAACCCCAGUACGAAGCGGGCACCAUCGGAGCCGGACAACGAUGA